GGCGUAUUAUAUCAGUUUUUUUUUCACGGGUUUCCGGCGUGCUAUUCACAUACAACAGGAAAGAGAAGCACAUUUUUAAAAUUAAAUCAGCGAUUUUACGACGAAAGGAGCGGUUUCCCAUCUUAUUUAUUGUUAAUUUGAUCAGUUACGGGUAUUACAACAAAGCGCACAGAUGUCCGAGGACCUGGUGAAGCAGCUGAGCAGCUACAAGGCACAGCUACAGCAAGUAGAAGUCGCCUUGUCAACCGACCCGGACAAUGAAGACCUCCUAAAGCUUCAGAAGGACUUGCAGGAAGUCAUCGAUCUGACUAAAGACCUCCUGAGUUCGCAGCCCCCUGACGGGGCUUCCAGCACCAGUGGUUCAGAAUCAGUUCCUGUGAAGAAAAACUGGAAAGUGGGUGACAGAUGUAUGGCAGUGUGGAAUCAGGAUGGCCAGGUGUAUGAAGCUGAGAUUGAGGAGAUAGACCGAGAGAACGGCACGGCUGCCAUUACGUUCAUUGAGUACGGCAAUGCUGAAGUGCUUCCUCUGCAGAACCUCAAAGCCGCCGAGGAGGGCAAACGGUCUGAGGAGGACGGAGGUUUAAAGUCAAAGUCAAGAAAAGAACAAAUAGCAGAGCAGCGAGAGUACAAGAAGAAGAAAGCCCAGAAAAAGGUACAGAGGAUGAAGGAGUUGGAGCAAGAGAGGGAGGAGCAAAAGUCAAAGUGGCAACAGUUUAACAACAAAGCUUAUUCAAAGAACAAGAAAGGACAGGUAAAGAGGAGCAUAUUUGCAUCCCCAGAAAGCGUAAACGGGAAGGUGGGAGUGGGAACGUGCGGCAUCGCAGACAAACCCAUGACGCAGUACAACGACACGUCCAAAUACAACGUCAGACAUCUGAUGCCGCAAUGACCGGCCACGCUGUGUACAGAAUGAGCCACUGUGUCCUCGUCGUAUCAGUGCUUCGCGUUGUUUCUACAUGAUUACAGUCCCUCGAGUAAAAAGAUUUUAAAGGAACUGGUCGGACACCAGCGUUUGAAACGUCUCUGUAGUUUCCCUUGUAUAAUAUAUUGGUUCAACUAAAAAGAUUCACAUGAGGGAUUGUUCCAUCUCUGGAACAAGGUCUCCUGUUGUGUGUGAACACGUGUUGGAGGAGAAAAGCUGGGCAGUUUGUACUUAUUUUUGGAUAAGGCCAAAUCUCUAAGAUGUGUACAAACUUGGGCCUUUUUGAUUUGGAGUGUACAUUCGAUGCUGCAUUGUUAAACUCGUCCGUUGUAAGGUAUGAUUAUCAAUUAUGUUGAGGAUUUGGAAUGGCUAACUUGACCUUUUAAUUUCUGUAUAUAUAUAUAAAACCAUAAAAUAAACAUUUUUGUUCAGUUUUUAGAAAAA